CUGGCUCUUCCACAGAUCAAGGCAGGUACCGGAGGACAAGGUCGACCAUCACUGGCUCUGCCAGGCUGUGGGAGAGGAUCACUGCAACCCCCUCAGAUGUGGCCACGCCCUCGCCAUGGACGACUUUGACUACAGCGUUCAGAUCUCGGAGCGUGACUGGGACGCCUUCUUCCAGGAGUGCGAGGAAUGCGACCUGCUGCCCCCCGCGCUGGCAGGCCUGGACGACUCGGGCACGAGCGACGCUGACGACGGCUCGGCCUCCCUCCCGCUCGGCGCCGAGGAGAGGGACUCCCCGGACGCCGACUACCCCGUCGACGAGCCCCCAGAAUGCACCGGGCUGCCCGUGGAACGAUACCUCGGCGCGUGUCACAUACCUGGGCCCGAGGACCUUCUCUCCUGCAGCGAGGAGGAUACCCACCUGGAGUCCAUUAACAAGUUCUUCGAGAGGCUGAAGGGCAUGGAAGGGGGAGGAAGCCCUCGCGCAGAAGCUAGGCCCAAGGAGACAUGUGCCCCUGGGGACCCUGCCAAGGUGCCUGCCAAUUUGGCGCUGGUCCCUCAGGCAAAGGCCCAGAGUGACAAUUUGGCUGUUAGUUUUAGCCCAGCAGCUAAAGAGGACAAAGUAGGUGGCACCAUUUCAGCAGGGAGAGGAUACAAAGCUCUUGACGGAGCUGGAAGGGCAAUAGACACCGAAUCAGAGGAGGAUGAUGUGUUCAGAUCAGCGGAGGCAGCUGUUGAACUGCACAUCAGGGAGGAGGACUGGACUGAGGAUGAGGCUGAGGAGUGGCAGAAGGAGAAGAAAGGUUACCUCUCAAAAGACAAAUUACUGAAGGCCACACUUUCAUGCUCCACAUCCAGCAAGGAAGAAUGUGGACUGAGAAAGCAUACUGAGAAAGAAUUUCAGCCUUCAAGACUCAAUGACAUGGGUGGCACGGAGGACAAGGCCAGAGAGGGGGAAAUGAAAAGUCAGGAACUUAUGAAGGAGGACACUUCGCUGUAUGGUCACCAAGUGGAAUUACAAACUGAUCCAGCAGUGCUGCUCGGCACGGGAAGGGCUGCUGGAGCAGAGAGAAAGGAAUUCAAAUCAGCCAAUGAACACAGGUUUAUGUCUGUGGAUGUUGGGCAGGGUGGCUCCAGAGAACAUUUUUCCCCUUCAGUGAAGAGAAAGAGAAGGCGAAUUUGGAGGGGAGACCCUCUUUUAGCAGGACUGGGCUUUGACGGCGUCAGUGGAAGAACUGAAAGCAAAAAGCAAGCGGAAAGAUUUGAACAGGAAGCAACAGGGCAGGGAGAGGCUGUGUCGGGGCAUGACAGUGAAGCUUGUAUGGAUGAGGCAGGGAGAAAACAUAAGAGUCUCUCUGCGCACCAAAUUACUCAAAGUUCUGGGAGAGUGCCCACAAGUAGUGAGCUUCUUUCAGAGAUAAACAGCGUUAAGGAAUCUGGUGUUGACUCACACACGGCUGUACGCAAUCAUGACUCUAAAGAGUCAGUCACAAGGCUUGUGACUAACUCUAGCAGAGAGAGCAUUCCAAAGUUUCCAUUUCAGCAACAGCAUGGACUUGGGAAUGACUUUCAGAAUCAUUCACAGCAAAUUUGCAUACCUGCAAGCGAUACAGAAACAUCCAACCUGACGUCAUGUAACCAGAGUCCUGAGAGUUUACAGUCAGGAGGUAUCAUGACCCAACAUGAUCCAAUAUCACCGCAAAGUGCUGAGUUAUCUGUACCUGAUAACUCCUCCCAAUUUCCGCUCAAUGAGCUUUCAAUGAGAUUUCAUAUUCCAGAGGAAAGUUCCACAUAUCAGAAGCCACUGAAAUAUAAAUCAACUUUGCAGAUGAAUUCACCAGCGGAUGACAAAGCAAUUUGUCAACUCAACAAUAUCUUGUUGGAGGUAUCCAGUUCAACUGAAUCAACGGAAUGUCAUCAGCCAUUUGUCAGUGAUAUGAGUGGUUCAGAAGAUUCUAGGAAAAGGAACAUUCCAGAACUUGAGCAUGCAGUAACACUUGGGCAAAAUUUACCAACAUUCUCACAAGAGACAAAUAGGAAUGUCAUCAGAAGUCUAGAGAUCUCACCAUCCAAAGAGUUCAGACAGAUGGCCAAUACAGACAAUCCAUCAGUACCUCCAGAGCCAUCACUUUCUUUAAACAACAUUAGUGAUCAUGAGCUCAGUUCAUGUGAGGAAAUAGACCCAACGCAUAUACAGUGUCAAAUAUCUGAAGAAAUAACCCCCCCCCCAGAAUAUCAGGAAGUGGAAGAGUCAAACGAUGUGCCAAUUUCUAAUGAACCAACCCAUCAUGCUAAAACAAACAUAAGAAACAUCAACCCCAAUACCAGCUGUUCUGCUCCAGAAAAUGAAGAGCUCUCAACUGUCACCAGUGAUGAAGCACUACUGUUUCAAGAACGACAACUAGCAGACACACAAAUACUGGUUCACUCAGACCUUGUACCAGCACCAGUACUACUGGAUACUUACAAUGAUGCCAUUGGUUUGAACACAGAUUUAACCGAAUGCCCUGUUGCAAGUGAUAGCAAUGGAAAUUCAGUUAGGUCUACUACUCUACUACUAGAUGAUUCUGAAGGUGACAAAGGUUGCCAAACAGAUGACUGGCUGCCAGAAAAAGGUGGAAACUUGCCAGAGACCAGCACUGUGGAGUGUGUAAAGAAGUCACAGCAGGCCUCAAAUGACGUGUCAGCAGUUAAUGAAGUAGAGGUAGCGUUGGAGCCUGAAGUACAGAACAAUUUAUCCAUAGUUACCCCUGUGCAUCACACCUCUGAAGACAGAAAGCAAGCAGAGGGCAGUGGAGAAUCUGAGCUCUCUCUUCAACUGGAGUCAACAGCGAGUGCCAAAUCACUGGAGACCAAGGAGCUGAACAAUGCAGUGGAGGCCAAGCGGCCAGUUCGCACCAUGUCCGCCUUUUGGAAAGAAAUGGAAAAGCUGACUAUUAACGAUAUAUUAUGUCUGAGGUCAGCUAGCAGUUCCCCCGGGGGGCUGCCACGGGACACUGCCCUGAUGGACACCUCAGAGGCUGGAGACUCUGGCUACGCAUCCCAUUUGGAGGACACCAAGCUUGACCGGUCAAGUGCGGACGUGUCUGCCAUUUCAGAUUUUGAGGAAGAAUGUUCACUAUCCCACAGUGGCAUUGUAAAAUCCAGUCUGGAGCCAAAGGACACAAAAAAGCAAGGUGAAAGGUCAUUGGGAUCAUCAAACUCCAGGGGGGUAUUGUGGGAAAGCAAGUCAUACUCCGCUGGCCCAGGAAUGGACAAUGACGCAAAUGAGACGUCGAUUCUGUGCUCUGGAGAUUCCAUUAGCCCACCUUUCCUUUCAGACAAGUCCCAACAUGGGACAACAUUCAGAAGGAUGUGCAAGAAUAUAAGCAUACAGAACCUACGAGCUCUGGAGGCCAAACCACGCGCCUCCCUGCUGACCACUGCUGCAGAGAAGGAAGAGCUCCAGGAGUCCAGCGGCACCUUUCAAAGGCAUGAUGGUGGCAGUUCUGUUCCUCUGGAAAGCAGUGAUAGAACUGAUAUGAAAACCUCAGCUGCAUCUUCUCUCUUGGAAGAUGAGGCAACAGAGGGCUUUGGCACCUCUUUCCGUGAAAUCUUUGCGUAUUUCUUUGGGGCCGGUAAGACUGGGGUCGGUCAGGCGGACACGGCACCAACAGAGGAGCCCGCAGGUGAUGGCGGUUCAGUGCCUGAGAUGUACGACCACUUCUUUUCAGAGUUCGAGACAGAUUUUUUCUUUCCCUUCAUCCAGGAAACAGAUAGCGGGCAGAACGAGCCAAUUCUCACUACUUCUGGCUCCUCCCACAGAAACCUCCAGUUCCCUGAGGCGUAUGAUUACUUCUUCCCUGACAGUUCUUCCAGUGAUUCUGACAGUGACGACGAUCGGAAGCCAGUCAGAGUGGUUUCACGCUUGGACGAGAGUCCCGGCGAGCCCUCGGGCACUGGAGCGGCUCCGGACAUGUACGAACACUUCUUCACGGGCAGCGACUGGAGGGAGAGUCUCUUCUGGAGGAACCCCCUCUCCCUGAGACGAAUGCGCCUCACGGCCGUGAGCGGCUCCAGAGAAGGGCCCACGUCCUGCGUGGUGGUGACCGCAGACCCGCUGGCGAGAUCGGUCUUCAGCACCUUCUACACGGACCGUGCUGUGGACGUCCACGGAGCGGUCGGCCCCCAGACACCCCUGUACUGCCUGGAGGAGCGGAUCUUUAGAGACCUGGCUGAGAAGCAGAGACGAUAUGCUGACCUUCAGACAGCCAUCGCUGUACCAAACUCCCCCCUCUUGGCCCUUAAGCAGUCGGACAUGUGUUUGAUCUGUAUUGCUUUUGCUUCUUGGGUGUUGAAGACAGCCAACCCUCAAGAUUCAGACACCUGGAAAGCAGCUCUGUUGGCAAACAUAAGUGCGCUCUCUGCCAUCCGAUACAUCCGGAGAUACAUCAGAGCACGAGAAGAACCGGGGAAUGAAGCGGGACUGUGACAUCUGCGGUUCAGCGCCACCUACAGGCCGGACUACACGGACCAGCAAGUCUUUCUGCAUUAUUCUGCUUCUUCCUGAGCGAGCCAGAAAACAAAUCACAUUCAUCUGGUGAUGAAUGGAUCUGUUGAUGCACCUAUCCUAGCAGGAAAGGAAAUGGCUGUUGUGUAUUGUGUGUGAGAAUACAUGCCCUCUAAUCAGCUGUUGAAAUGCUUGUUGUUUGUUUUUUUCACCUCACCCUGUACUUUGCCAGAUUGCUUCCAUGCCACAGAUGAUGCUUUUGUGGCUGAUGGUAGACGAAAGAACAUUUUAUGUUUUGCAACAUUUUUGACAAAUGUUUUGAUCUUAUUACUUUCAUUGGAGGGUUGCCGGUUCGAUCCCCCGCCCUGGGUGCAUCGAAGUGUCCGUGAGCAAGACACCUAACCCCCACGAGUUGGCUGGAACCUUGUGUGGCAGCCAGUCACUGUGUGUGUGUGUGUGUGUGUGUGUGUGUGUGUGUGUGUGUGUGUGUGUGUGUGUGUGUGUGUGUGUGGAAUCAAUUGUAAUGCGCUUUGGAUAAAAGCGCUAUAUAAAAAUGCAGUCCAUUUACCAUUUGAUACUUAUGUGACCAAAAACGUCAAAUUGUUCUAAAAGUUGUUUCAUGCUCAAAUGUUCUAUAGAAUGUUAUAGAGUAUAUACAGUAUAUUUUUGUAUUAAAAAAGAACACCUAUGUGUGUCGAAAAUUGAGAAGUUGAAUUUGAGAAAACAUUAGAAAAGAGUAAUAAUGUUUCAAAGGGUAAUAACGGGAGUAUUGUGCAGUACAAAUGGAAAAAAAAUUGCCAGUUGAGGCAAAUUGGCAGCAACCAUUAUAAUGGUUUGUAUUGUAGCAUUUAGCUACUGUGCCAAUCAAGAGCAGGCUGCAAAUGUGUUCAUAAAUUGUGUUUCAGAGAAAGAGACAUUGGGAUGCAGUUGAAUAUAUGAUGGAUAUUGAAGAGAUACAGAUAGGUGUCAUUUUACACAAAUAAAGAUAGUUUUAGGAGGGCAAAUAAUUUGAAUGGAAAUGCGGUAAUAAUUCAUUAAAACAAUGAAUGAACACUGAAUUUACAAUUAUUAAAUGGCCACUUAUGUUUUCUUAUUUGUAAAUUAUCCUGUAUAAGUCAUAUGUUAAUGCUUUCUGAAUUCAGUUUCAGAAAGUUUGUGGGCAACGGACUGCCUUUUUUGACUAAUAAUUUCAUAGAUUUGCCUGUGUGGAGCACUGUGUUAUACAAGCUCUUCUCUUGUUGUAAUGUUUUAUUUUCAUGUGUGAGUAAUAAAAUCAAAUUAUGUGCAUU